AUGAUUGAUAUUGCCAGAAAUUUUCACGGUGUGCAUACUAUUAAAAGUUAUAUCGAUGUUUUGUCCAUGUACAAAAUGAACAAACUACACCUACACCUGACUGACGACGAGGGCUGGAGGAUUGAAAUCCCUGGCCUGGAGGAGUUAACUGAAAUUGGGGGCAAGCGCUGCCAUGAUCCUAAAGAGACCAAAUGUCUGCUUCCAUUCCUGGGGUCUGGGCCAUACAGCAACUCAUCCGGCAGUGGAUUUUUAACAGUCAGUCAGUACAGAGAUAUCCUGACGUAUGCAAAAAUGCAUCACGUUGAGAUCAUCCCUGAGAUUGAUAUGCCAGGGCACGCACAUGCAGCCAUCAAGGCCAUGGAGGCCAGAUUUUUAAAGCACUAUAAGACCGACAUACAGGAGGCUACUAGGUAUCUGUUAACAGAUUUGAAAGACAGAUCAGAAUACUUAUCCAUACAAAGUUUUAAAGAUGAUGCCAUUAAUCCCUGUGUUAAGUCGACAUUUAACUUUAUCCGUAAGGUUGUUGAUGCUAUUUACAACAUGCACAAAGACAUCCAACCACUGAAAGUGUUCCAUUUCGGGGGCGAUGAGGUGCCCCACUCGGCUUGGGAAAAAUCCCCGAUGUGUCAAAAUCUUCCACUGAAAGGCAACAAAAAAACAGCGAUCAAGGAAAUGUUUGUCUUGAAAGUGGCAGAGAUAUUAAAAGAGUAUGGGCUGAACUUGGCGGCUUGGGAAGAUGGGCUGUUGAAUGGAAAGGAGCCAAUCAACAGAAAUUUUUUUUCAGGAGUUGCUUAUGCCUACACUUGGAACAACCUUUGGUCUCUUCAUGGUGCUAAAACGUCUUAUGUUCUUGCCAAUUUAGGUUACAAGGUGAUAAUGACACCAGCAACAAACCUGUAUUUUGACCACCCCUAUGAACCCAACCCAUGGGAGCCUGGCUUGAUAUGGGCCAACAGAUUCACGACAACAAAAAAUGUUUUCUCAGUCAUCCCAGAAAAUAUUUAUGAGAUUUACGAGAAAACAAUCGAUGGGGAGACUUUAAUGCCCUGCCUUGACAAAUCAGAAUGCCCACCGUUGGUGAAGUUUGAGAAUAUAGAAGGUAUACAGGGUUCACUUUUUGGUGAACUGGUCAGGAAAAGGGAAACUUUGGACUAUAUGGUAUUGCCUCGUCUGCUGGCCUUAGCAGAGAGAUCCUGGCAUGCAGCAAAGUGGGAGUAUAUUUUGAACAAAACAAUGAGACAAAAGGAAAUAGAUAAAGACUGGACAGAUUUUGCCAACACUGUAGGUCACAAAGAGUUUGCCCGUUUGGAUUGGAAAGGUUUUCUCUACAGGCUACCCCCUCCAGGAUUUAGGGUAGUGAAUAGCACGCUGGAAGUCCAGCUGGAAUUCCCUGGUCUUACCAUUGAGGUGUCCCAUGAUGGUGGGACACACUGGAAGAAGAGCUGGAACUACGGAUUUGCUGAUGUGAAUCCAUGGGAUGAUAUUCGUCUUCGUACUAAGGCUCCCGUGGCUUACAGAUAUAGCAGAAUUAUCAAUCCAAAUAUAAUUGACUGAUGUUUUCCUCUCUGUGAUGAUGGAAAGAUAAUCAAAUACAAA